UCCGAUACGUUAACGUUGUCACAUGAUUACGUGCCAUCGAUUCUAAGGAAGGAAAGAAGUCGUCUCGAAAAUGUUGGCCGUGUGUGCUAUAUUGCUCCUCGUUGGAACGUGUACUUGUGCAUCUGAUGUACCUGUACUAAUAUGGUCCCAAAACAGUCGUAUGAGCCACAUACCUCAGGUCAACCUUGGGAACACGGUUAAAGCCGCGGAAUUCUCUCAGAACUAUCUGAAACCUUUGACAUCACAGAAAGAUGGAAACUUGGUGGUUUUCCUUCAGGAGAAGUUAAGCCUCCAAGACUUUACUAAGUAUGCCGAUGUUUACAAUUCAUUCAGUGAUGGCGGAGCAUUUAAAAAUGUUAAGGCCCUCAUGGAUGAGAACUUCUCGGUCCACCUACCAGCAGUCAGAUCACCAGUCACUUCUCUCAGCACACUGAAGAAGACAUUUGAGGGCAAAGUUCAUGAGGUCACGACCCCAGCAGAUAUUGAUGACCUUGACCUUGGGUCAGGAGUCAUGAACUUGAUCAUCGUUAACUUGACUCCAGGCAAAGAUGUCAAGUCUGAGGAAGACUCUCUUGCACACAAUGAUGGUCAAAUUGGAGAUGUGGUACAGAGGCUGAACAAGAGGGAGAUCAAGUACACAGCCUUAUACACGGCAAAGACAGCAACACAGACUCCCAAGGAAUUCGCUGGUGUGAAGCGCCACCUUCUGGCAGCCGACACAGUUACUGAUGUCAACAAUGGAACUUUUCUUAAUGCGACCUGCAUGUUCUUCUACGUCCGAACCAUCACCGCAUACUUGGACAAAGGUGGCAAAAAUGUCACUGUUCAACUCAACGACACAUCUAAGUUUAUUGAUGAGGGGUCCGAAUGUGGAAAUUCAACAGCCUUAUUGAAGUUCAGUUAUGAAGACACUGCUGGCUUGAAACUGACCAUGAUGUUGGACAUAUCGGACAAGAACACAUCCGAUUGGCAGGUGGAAUCGUUCCAAGUGGGUGUACAGGGACAAGUAUCAGGGGUGGAUUUUACAGGUGACGCCAACAUGAACACUGAGAAAAUGAAGGUCUGGGCUCCAAAGAUUUCUCGUAUCACUGUUCACGUUUACCUGUCGUCAACGCUACAGGCGACAACACCACCACUGUCAACGUCAGCCUCAUUCUUGCAGGCCUUCAACAUCCUGAACAACCAGUUCUCCGACGGCUGGGACUGUAUCCCGUUCUUUACGGAGGGGAUCUGGAUGGGACUUUUGUCCGUCCUUCUUCUUACUCUCAUCCUCUUGUAUGGAUUCACCAUGCUCGCCGACAUCAGGACCAUGGACAAGUUUGAUGAUGCUAAGGGCAAAACCAUCACUGUUAAUGUAUCCGAAUAAUCUUUCAAAUGUCGCUAAUUUCUAUAACUAAAGAUGGUAGGCCUUAAGUAUUUUACGUUCCACUUACUGUAGAUUAUUGUCGUUUUUUGGUAAAUUUCAUGUUUUUGUGAAACAAAAAUUAUCCCUCUGUAUGUAGUCUUGGUAAUUCAAAUUCUGUUAGUUUGUUUGGAGGGGAGUUCAACUUUACAUGAUUACAUUUUGAAACAAAAAUUGUGAACGAGAUACAGAAAUCUUUCGUGUAAAACACCUGGACAGGUUCGGUAAACUAUACGGUCGUUAUCACACCUUGCAGACUUUCUAUUGAUAAGAGUCCUUCAAUUGCAGUUAAAUUUGUCUGGAAAACCCUUGUCUAGAAAACACUUGUAUGGAAAAGUCUUUGAAUUUGUCCUUGGAAAAUUCUUCAAUUUAUGUGUUUUGUGGGCAAAUAGUUACAUAUUUCUAAAAAAUAUUCACAAAAGCAAAUUUUUAGUAUUGCAAUGUAAUUUUGAGCGAUAUAUUGUAUGCAACCAUGUUUUACAAAUUGUUCUACAGUAUUGUUGAUGUAGCUAGAAAUUAGACAACAAUGUAAUCCACAAAUAUUAUUCAUAUUUUUCUGACUUGUUAAAAUAUUUUAAGUGCAUCAAAAAUAUCAACUUUGCAAUUUCAUGAAGAUUAUUAAAUUUGUCGAUGACAAAGCCAAAUUCUUAUAAAACCAACCAACCUCAAUGAAGAUUCAGGGGGGGCCCAAGGAGGGACCUGUUUUCAAAGAUGUUCCAGAUUUUUUGAUUUUUUUUUUAAAGACAUAUGAUAUUACACUAUGAAUGAUCCCUCGGAAAAAAAUUAUUCUGUGAACAUAAUUAUGCUCUCAAUUUCUAAAAAAAAAAAAAAGACAAAAUAUUGCAAAAAUGUUACAUUUUGAGGAUUUUUAUGGUCAAUAUUGACAGUUGAUAGACAUUAUGAUAACAAGCUAUCAGACAAAAACUGCAAUAUCCAACUAUUUCUAGAAUAGACAGGUGAUGCUGCUGAAUUCUGCUGGAUUUAGUAUACAAAUAACAAUGGAUGACAUCGCCAUUGUGUUUUAAAUUCUAAAUCAGAUUUACUGAAUUUCGAAAUAUUUUCUGCAAGGUGUCUCCGAACCUAUGGAGGGCAGUUUCUAUUAUAAUAAACUUUGUUCUAUGUUUUAUAGCUGAAUUUUACCAGUAGUCUGUCACUGGCUGGACUAGUCUUGAACAAAUCCUUGAAUUUAAUGACAGAAAGUCCCAGAAAUGUCUUUGAAUUUGAAAAUGUCUGUAUGAUCCAUGUGAAUUUGAUCAUAUCUGUAUGAGCCAUGAAUCGGUGAAGUGUGUGAUAAAUGUUUGGAAAUUGUUAAAGUGAAAUGUAGUUUCUUCAAUUUUGAUUCAAUCAAAAAAAAAAUUUUUAUAAACUUUUUACAGUUUCUAGAUUAUAGAAUUAUGCUACAUAUCAAUUCUCUUUUCCUUCGAUCUGAAGAGUUGUUGAAAGAAAUCAGAUGAUUGAAUUUCUGUAAACAGGAUAGAUUGAGUUUGAAAAAAUAAAGUCUAUCUUUUGAACAAUA